CAGAUCCAUCUGUUGAAGAACAAUACACGUCCACAGUUAAUUUAGAAAAGAUUCUUAAUAACGAUGCUAUGAAUAACGAAGACACAACGGAGCUUCCAAAACCUAAAAACAUAACAAAAUCAAGCCAAUCCAAACAAAAACUUCGUCGAAUUAAAAUGAACCAAACUCAGCUGACCAUCCUGAACAAAGCAUAUUCCAAAAACAGGUACAUCACGGCGGAACAGCGUAAGCAAUUCUCACGAAUGUUGGGUGUUUCUGAGAAAAAGAUAACACGUUGGUUUGCAAAUAAGAGAUAUGAAGAGGGGAAGAGGCUAAAGAAAAAAGAGCAAUCCGAAGAGCUGUGGAAAAAUCUCCUCUCAAAUGUAGUGGAUGAUGUUCAUGUUAAAACGUUUCUGGAUUUGGUAAAGUAUAUGGACAAGUACUGCAACCAAGGUGAUUGUUUAUUUAUCUUGGACUCACCAAAUACCACAACACUAUCUUGAACUGUUCAUGUGCUGCAGAAACGAAUUCUGCAAAUUUUCGUAGGAUUCGACAGUUUUGUUUGAAGAAGAUUGUUUUAGUUUAGUUGUGAUGAUUGUCAAUGUUGUUAAUUUUAAUAGACAGUUUAUUUAAAGUGAAACGUGCUUCGCAUGAAACCCUCCCACCAGCAUCCAUUUCUUCAUUAGUCGCUUAUUGUGUUUAAGUGGUGCAGGCAGAUCUGGGAGCUGUGUUGCUUCACUCUCCAAAAAUGUCUCACCGGCCCUCCAAGACCGACCUCCUAAUCACAGCCAUAAAUUCCGACGACAUAGACCUUCUCACCAGAUGCAUGGAGCAAGGCGCAGACAUCAAUGCAACCUGGCCUUUAGCUCAGUGCUCCAUAUUUUCCAAAGCUGUUGAAAAAGACAAUUUUAAAAUAAUCGAGUACCUCAUAAGCAAAUCUCCAAACCUUCAUCGCAACGCUACUAAUAAAAUCACGCCAUUGAUAGUUGCCAUACGAAGCAAUUGUUCUUCACAAGUUAUGGACAUUCUGAUAAAAGGAGGAGCUAAAGUUAAUGAAAAGGACGCGUUUGGUCGUACUCCACUGAACGAAGCACUGUCUUUGAACAAAGACGAAAUUGUCCAGUUUUUGCUGAUGAGUGGUGCCGAUGUGAGUCAAUGUGAUGGUUCUGGAAAACUUCCCAUUACUCUUGCAGUAGUUAACAAUAGACUUGAAGUUGUCAAACGUCUGUUUUUCAGAGGGGCGGAUAUCAAUCAGUGUGACCGCAAUGGUGAUUCUGCACUUGCAUUAGCACAAAGGUUGAGUGAUCCCAGUAUUUUAAACUAUUUUGAAGAAAAAAUAGCCGCUAGAAGCGCGAGGCAGAAAGAGUCUGUAAAUUACAACCAAGUAAAGUCUUCGGGGACAAAGAAAGCUACGAUAAAAUUAGUCACCAAAGUAGAAACAGUUCCCAAAGAAGAACAAACAUCAGAAGAUGUACUUAAAGAAGAAACCUUGCAAGACGUAACAAGUUUUCUUCAAGGAAAAAAUGUUAAUCAAACUGACGAGGAAGGAUUCACCCCAUUGGCAAGAGCUAUCCAGUCACAGAACAUCAAAUUGGUCCAGUGUCUUCUUACUUUAAACGCCAACUCUUGUAAAACUGUGAAAGGUCAAACUCCUCUUCAGCUUGCCGUGAAAACACAAAACUUACAAAUUGUGCAACUGUUGCUACAACACGGAGCUGAACACACCAUCCAAACAGCCCUUUUUGAAGCCGUGAUUUUGGGGGACUUACAAAUUGUCGAUUUUUUGAUCACGAAAAAUGUCGAGCUCAAUGUGAUAUACAGAAAUGGGUAUACUGUUUUAACAAAAGCUAUCGAAACUGAGGAUGUUAACAUUGUGAAGGUAUUAGUGAAAAACGGAGCUAGUGUAAAUAUGCCUGAUAGAAGCGGAAAAUUGCCCUUAAUCAGAGCUUUAGAAACUGGUAAUGGGGAUAUUUCGUCAUACUUGAGUGAUAAAGGUGCCACCAUUAACAACGGGGACAAUAAUCUUUCGUAUUUUCAUCAGUUGAUAGAAGACAAUAAUUUGACAAUGGUGAAAGCUUUGGUCGAGUUAUUGAAGAUCGACGUAGAUGUUCUUUUUGAAACUGGGUUUUCUCCUGUGACGAAAGCUGUGGAACGAGGGAAUCUCCAAAUGGUCGAAUAUUUUUUGUCACGAAAGAAUGAUAUUAAGGAUAAAGUUGAUGGCAAUAAGAAGUGUCCAUUGUCUAUUGCUGCAGUAAACGAAGAUCUUCCAAUGGUGAAGUUUUUGAUAAAUUCAGAGGCUGAUGUUAGUGCGGCGAAACGUGAAAUAGAAGAGUAUGCAAAUAUUAGUGAAGAUUUUGCCAUUUAUUUAGAAAUAAGAGAUGGAAAAUACGUACCAUGGAAACAAAAUGGAAACUAAAUUAUGUGUAAUAUUUUCAAUAAAGCAUUAAUAUAU